CUAGUCUGUUUGUGUUUUGACUGUUUUUUGCAGAGAGCUUCAGAGCACCACGAAGUGUAUACACAAGGAGACUGUCAGCGUUCAGCUCCUCGAAUAUCAAACCAAAAGGACAAAAUGGCAUCGGACUCUCCGCGCAGACCGAGUCGUUGUGCUGGAGGGGUUUUGGUGCGAGCGCAAGCUGCUACGGAGCAGUCUUACAUGGAGAGUGUUGUGACCUUUCUGCAGGAUGUAGUACCUCAGGCGUAUACUGGGGCUCCACCCACUGAUGAGAAAGAGAAAAUCAUUUGGGUUCGAUUUGAGAAAGCUGACAUUAAUGACACUGCACGCAACCCAGAGUUUAUGGAGAUGCACAGUGGCACUACUGACCCUCCACUCUGCCUCAUGAUUGGCUAUACUGAUGGAAUGCAGAUCUGGAGCGUAUCUCUGGCAGGAGAAGCUCAAGAGCUUUUCUCAGUGCGACACGGUCCAGUGCGAGCUGCUCGCAUUCUGCCAGCUCCUCAUAACAGUCCUGUAAAGCUGGACAGUUUUGCUGACAAGAGGCCCCUCCUUGGAGUCUGCAAGAGCACGGGGUCCUCUGGUAUCCUUGUUGUGAGCCUGCAAGAGAAGAUUGCAGCAUUUGACAGCUGCACAUUCACCAAGAAGUUCUUUGUUACAAGCUGCUAUCCCUGCCCCGGCCCCAGCCUCAAUCCAAUAGCUCUGGGAAGCCGUUGGCUAGCCUAUGCUGAGAACAAGUUGAUAAGAUGUCACCAGACCAUAUAUCUCAAUAUGGAUGACAAGGUGUGUGUUAUAUUUUUUUUCUUUCUUCCUCAGACUUUAAAAACAGGUCUGACGAUGGUCGGUAAAGUUGUGACCCAGCUAGCAGGCACCAUACCGGCAAGCACUCCAGACGAGGAGGGCACAUCUCACAGUGCAAGCCGUCGCAGCCCACACAACCCCGGUGUGGUCACCAUUAUUGACACACACAGUGUUGGAGAAGGACAGGUCUUGGUGAGUGAGGACUCGGACGGUGAAGGAGUGGUGGCUCACUUCCCAGCUCACGACAAACCUAUAUCCUGCAUGCAAUUCAACCCCAGUGGAAUGCUGCUGGUAACUGCUGACACCCUGGGACAUGACUUUCACGUCUUCCAGAUCCUCACCCACCCGUGGGCAUCUUCGCAGAGUGCCGUUCACCAUCUCUAUACGCUGCAUCGUGGGGAGACUGAAGCCAAGGUACAGGACAUGUGUUUCAGCCAGGACAGUCGCUGGGUAGCCGUCAGCACCCUCCGCGGCACCACACAUGUAUUUCCCAUCAACCCCUACGGUGGUGCACCGUGUGCCCGGACUCACAUGUCCCCACGUGUGGUAAACCGGAUGUCGCGCUUUCAAAAGAGCGCUGGAUUGGAGGAGAUUGAACAGGAGCUGAACAGGGCAGCUGCUUUAGGAGGAGGAGCAGGAAGUCUUGCAGGAAGUGGCUGCAUCUUAGGUGGAGGAGGCAUCGGUGGGCGCUGUAGCCCCAUACCAGGCCUGUCCAGCAGCCCCUCAGGGUCUCCAUUACAUGCCAAACUAAGCAGCCAGGAUUCGUACAACAAUUUCACCAACAACAACAUGGGGAACCCGCGGCUCAUCCCACUGCCCAGCCUCACUGUGGUGCUGCCUUUGGCUCAGAUCAAACAGCCCAUGACCCUGGGCACCAUCACCAAGCGCACAGGACCCUACCUCUUUGGGGCGGGAUGUUUUGCCAUUAAAACUCCAUGCAAAUCUAAGCCACCCCCCCAGAUCUCACCGAGCAAGUCCAGCGGAGGAGAGUUCUGCGUGGCGGCCAUCUUCGCGUCACCUCGCUCCUGGUUCAUCACUAAUCCCAACAUAAAAAGAGAGAAAGAUCAGUCCAGGCAGUCGGUUGUGGACUCGCUGUACGUAGUCAGUUGCUAUGGUAACUUGGUGGAGCACGUCUUGGAACCUCGGCCAUUAAGCACGUCACAAAAGAUAAGCGACGAUACACCGUUAGAACUCAACACCUGUCCAAGGGCCUGCUGGAUUCUAGCCAGGACCCCACAGUGGAAUGAGCUGCAGCCACCUUUCAACUCCAACCAUCCUUUGGUGUUGGCCUCAGAUCUAGUGCAGUACUAUCAAUAUCUCCUGGCUGCGUCGUAUGCACCGCCGCCACCGACUGAGCUGCUCCCGGAGUGCCAUCUUCCAUUUCUGCACUUUGCACCCGGGCAGCGGCUCUCAACGUCCUAUUUCUCAGCAUGCGCUCCUUUUGCCAGCCCGUCUCCUUUGCCGUUUCCUCCAGGGCUUGGCAGCACGGCGAAGAAGCGAUCCAGGAGAAGGGCUCGAUUUGACCUCGGGAUGAAUUGCAGCACGGCCUGUGCCAGCACCUAUCUGCCAGAGCAGUACUCAGAAGAGGAAAGCGAGAAGAGAGGAAAUUUAAACCUCUCGUUUCAGGUGGAGAUCGUGACUCAUACAGGCCCCCAUCGGCGCCUGUGGAUGGGCCCCCAGUUUCAGUUUAAGACAAUUCAUCCUUCAGGCCAGACCACAGUCAUCUCCUCUUCAUCCUCGGUGCUUCAGUCCCAGGGCCCCAGCGAUGUUCAGCAGCCCCUUUUGGACUUCGACACAGACGACCUGGACCUCCACAGCCUCAGGAUCCAGCCAGUACGUUCAGAGCCUGUCAGCAUGCCCGGCUCAUCGCGGUUGGUGGCUGAUCGUCGUGGCCAGUCCAACAUCAUGGAUGCAGGAUCAGGGCCAUUUGAUGGACGUGGCGUAACCCUGCUGGAGGUAUGCGGGAGCUGGCCAGAGAGCUUUGGCGUGCCACGGCACAAUGUUGGCUCAGCAGAUGCGAGCGACGAAGGCCUGCGAGAGAGACUGGCUGACGCCAUGUCCGAGUCCCCCUCUAGGGAUAUCGUAGGCUCUGCCACAGAGCUGCAGAGGGAGGGGAGCAUCGAGACCCUCAGCAACAGCUCAGGCUCCACCAGCGGCAGCAUCCCACGCAACUUCGAAGGCUACCGCUCGCCGCUGCCCACCAACGAGAGCCAGCCGCUCAGCCUCUUCCCCACCAACUUCCCCUAGGACUCCUCGCCGCCGGCACCCGUCCCACCCUGCUCUGCCUGCCCGUCCACCAUCGUACACUCACGCACCGAUGCGGUGCAUCGAGUCCAAAUCAAAAGAUUUGUGUUUCUAUGGUCAGCAUGUGUUUUGUUUUUUGUUUAGUUUCUCCUCGUCUCAGACGGCUGCUCAUCAAUCAGCUGCGGCCGCCGCUGGUCAUUCAUUUCUGGGGUUGAAUUUUCAAGCUGCUGAAAAUUGUGCCAAUUUCCACUCGAUUCAAAUCUGAUCAUUUUAAUUCCCAAAUCAUUCCAAAAACACAACCGAUCUGCUGUUUACCCUCGAAUUGCGCUCGUGUCUGGGUGGAAACACCUGGACUCGUUUAUUGCAGACUUUUGGAAACUUGUUCAUUUAAAGGGUAGCAGCUGUUUUGAGCAGCUGCUUAGAAGGAAGCUAAAUAAAGAACAGAUAAAAUACAGUUUAAUAUUUUGAUAUGUCUGCUGUCAGGGAGAAACGUCCACUAUUUUCAAUAUUAGAGCGUAACCCUGCUCGUUACCUUGUUGCUUCGUCGCCUGCUGCUCAGCUGCUGUCGUUCUCAGUGUGUGUUUGAAGGUUAGGUGUGCCCAUUGUCUGAAUGAAGCGUAUGAGACGGGAGCGCUGACAGAGGGAAAAAAGGAAAUGUUUAUUCCAGGCAGCGACGUGCGGGAGCUCCUUCUGUACGAGCGCUGCUGCCUCCCGCUCAGUGUUUUAGAUUAAAUUUGCUCCUUUCAUGCCUUUGAUUUUCAUGUAAUCAUAUUUGACAAAGGGUGCAGUAACAAGAUGACACUAUUACUGCUUUGUCAUUUAGAUGUUUACAGUGUAAUCGAGAUGUUUCUGAAAUCAUUUGGAUAUAUUCCCCACUCCGCCUUUCCAGAUAGUAAAUUUUAAUUGAGCGCAGUAAUGGAGGCUUGUGUAGUCGUCGCACCGGAUUUUGUACAUUAACAACUUUUGACCAAAAUCUUUUUCCUAGUCAAGAUCUUUCAAAUCUCUAUUUUCCUCUGUUUUUUUUCUUUGCCUGCAGAAAUAAAGAGUUUGUCUGACAGUUUGUCCAAAGUGAAAAUAACUGCACUGUUAACGUCUCCCAAGAAAAUGCUCCAAAUGUAAUCUGCAGUGCUCCAUGUGGACUCCCUGCAUGUCCCAUGUGCUUUCUCAGUCACUGAAUGGACAGUAAAAAAAAAGAAAAGCAUCAUUAUUAUUCUUGUUGUUGGAUUUGUGAAACAUCGACUUCUUUCCCUGCAUUCAUGCAAGAAAAAAACAAAACAAAGUGAAGAAAAUGAAACUGUCUUUUGUCCUCACUCUGAUUGCUCCUAAUGUUCCCAUUUCAGCCACAGCGGUGACCAUCAGCACACAGCACCACUGCUAAUUAGUGCCAUAUUUUUUUAACAGGCAGUAAACGUUGGUUAAAGGACGUUUUAUGGGCAACUCGUGCUCUUUGUUCUGAGAGAGAAGUGAGAGUUUGUUUCUCUGUUAAUCAGCGAAACGUCUAAUUCUAAAAACCAAACUGAUGACAGUUAAAGUGAACGACAUUAGAUUAACAGUGUGUGCUUUAUGUGCUACGAUUGAUCUCAUUCCCAACACUGUGAGCUGCAGUGGAAGCUUCCCGGCCUUGAAGAGAAAAGACGCGUAACCAUCAGCAGCUCGUGUCGGACGCUCGUGUAUAUUUCAAAAGGAAAACGGCUACAGCACGAGUUCGUGAGCAGACUGAAUGGAUAAAUGUGAACCUUUGUGUGUUUGUUUAGGCUGAUUCCAUUACGAACAAAGCUGGGAGGAUGUGCCACUUCACCAGAGGAACUUCAGCAUUAUGCAACAUAAACUGAAAGGACAGCAGUUUGCAAAUGAAAGUCAUUUUAUUUUAUCAUGUUUUUGCAAACACUUUACAUGAUUAAAUCUCUUCAGAGGUGCACGUUUGAAUACAGAGGAAGUCUCCGUCACCACAGACACACGUGAAAUGUAACAAAAGUUCCAAAAUCCCUAAAAAUGUUUUAAAUGUAAACAAUUAUUGAUUUCUAACAAGUGGGCAGUGACGUGGGAGUACACGGAAAGAAAUUCUGAAUCACUGAACUUGAGCAGCACUGUUUACAUGAAGUCAGAGGAACAUGUGUGCUGUUACUGAGCUCCUAAAUCUGCUCCCUGAUUUCAGUCGGUGAAGAUGACACAGUUGGCUCCCUGACACAUAAACUGCUCAAACUUUGGCAUUUCUUCAUUCUGACCAGAGCUCCUGCUUGGAAAUGUGUGAUUAGAGAAGAAAACUUGUGAAUAUUCAGCAUGACUGUGACAGUAUUAACUAAUCGGGUCAGCAGCCGGCAGCAGAACAUAAGACGAGUCCUGCAGGUUUUUGGUGAGAUCAGCUCCACUGAACAGUUUCCCAGAAUCAUCCCAGCAUCGUUCUGGUCAUCAGAGAUUUUGUUCGUUUGUUAUUCUUUAGGCCAAGUGCCAACAAUUGAUGCCGUUGCACAACUGUGCACCACUUUCCAUUUAGGGUCAUCAAUAAACUUGCUUAUUGCCAGCUGCAGUUCAAAAUAUAAUUUUCAGAAUAAAGAGCAAGAGGCCUGCUGGCCUUCUCUGAAGUGUCUCACGUUGGAUUCUUUGUGAUAAGUGUGCAAUGUUCCUCGCAGCUCCGUUUCACUCGUGGAGGCCUGCUACACAGCGAGUGUGCGCAGUAACAAGCUCGCCGAGUUCUGUUGCUACUCAGCAGCUUCUCCUAAGUUUGUGUUGUGCACAAGGCAAAUUAGAUUUGAACCCAUGACUGUGUCUCUGCUUGAGUUUUUACCACCACGAACUCCCAGCUGGCUUCAGCGUUUCACUUCAGCUACAAACCAACACAGUGUUGUUGUUUCGUGUGCGGCUGUGCAGUUGGAGAGUGUAAAUCGGCUCCCUGCGGUGACUGUAAAUUACAAAUCAACUGUUCGGGGAUUCAAUAUUGGCGUGGAUUCUACGUCCUCAGUAAAAACGAACUCGACUCGUUUUUUAAACGAUACACACUGAAUGUUGCGUUGAGACGGGACUUAAAGAG